AUGCUUCAACAUACUGACGCAUUUGACAACAUCGACUGGAAUUAUCAUCGCUGGAUCGCUCCUGGUGAAGGCGAUUUACGUUCGCCCUGUCCGGGAAUGAACACGCUCGCAAACCAUGGAUUUAUCUCUAGAGACGGCAAAAACAUCACCAUUCCGAUGGUUCUCAAAGCUGCCGAUGUCGUUUAUAACAAUCCGGCCGACCCAGUCAUGAAUUUGGCUCUCAAACUAGCCCUUCUGACCACCGAUGCUCCUGAUAGUUUUACGCUCGACGACCUCAAAUUGCAUGGCACUAUUGAACACGACGCAUCCAUAUCUCGCUUAGAUUACGCUCUCGGGGACAAUCUGCAUUUCAACUCCACUGUCUUCAGCACCCUUUCCGAAUCAAAUCCAGGUUUCGACGUGUACAAUACUACCUCUGUUGGUCAAGUCUUAGAAGAACGGCUCGCGCUUGCGAAGAAAGAAAACGCAGAAUUGGUCAACACCAUCAAGGAACGCCAAUCGCAACUACUGGAAGCAAGUCUGUUCCUCUCUGUCAUGGGUGAUCCGAGGACUGGGGUCGCGCCGAAAAGAUUUGUCCAGAUAUUUUUCCGUGAGGAGCGCCUCCCUCUUGCUGAAGGGUGGAAACGUCCAUCAUCUCCGAUAAAUUCUGCAUCUUUGAUAAAUCUCAUGACCCAGCUGAAUGAAGCUUCUCAAACGAAAGGACCUUGGUUACCCAGCUCAUUGAUUACGUGUCCUUGGACACGUCUUCAGCCGGAGGGUCUAGCAAUAGUUUGGCCGCCUCAACCUUUCAAUACGUGA